CAUGAUAAAAAAUAAUAAUACAAGUUAUAAAUAGAAAAAAAAUAUUUUUCCGUUUUAUAAAUUUAUCAAUAGGAUUGGAAGAAAUAAUUAACAGGAGAGAGGGCCUUUGAUUUCUUCCAUACUAAGCUUGUGUCUUUAACUCACCUUGCGCUUUCUUCAUUUGGUCAUAUACCCCAAAAGGUUAUAUAAAACUCUAGUCUUGCGGAAUAGUCUUAGGUUCAACAUUUUCUACUCAAUAAUAUUCGUAUUAAUCCAAAUCAGUUGGUGGAGAGCUAAUAUCUGAAAUGUCACCAAUUCAUGCGCCCUUCAAGUUGUCAAACCCAUGUUAGAGUAAGCCAUUAGCCUCAUUACCUGAAGGAUUUUCAGUUUGACUUUUGCUUUAUAUUCCAUGGGUUGUCGUUGGAUAUUAGUCAUUCCGAAUACUGGCCUUCUUCGCAAUCGAACCGUACAUGGGUUCUCCCUCUGUAUUUCUCUUCUUCGCUCUCUUCCUCCCACCAUAUUUCGCCAUUGCUGAUGAGCCCUUCUCAGCCUGCGAGCCGUUUACCUGUGGAAACAUCACCGACCUGAGUUACCCAUUCUGGUUCGAUUCACGGCCGGAGUAUUGUGGGCAUCCAAAGUUCAAGCUGAAUUGUCAAGGGGACAAUGCUACUAUCAACAUGGCUUCCCAGGAUUUUCGUGUCAUCGAUGUAAAUUCAACCACAAGAACUCUCACAAUAGCAAGAAUGGAUUUGUGGGGCACCAAAUGUCCCAAUGAAUUCAACAACUUCACGCUGGAUUAUGCUGUGUUUAACUACACUUCCAAUGAUGUAAAUUCCACCAUGUUAUAUAACUGCGACCCUUUAGUAUAUACGCCUCCUCCUGUGAAUCUGUCAACUUCUUUGGAAUUUGAUUGCCCCGCAAAAGGUUAUCCCAUCGAAGCAUAUUUUUUGCUGAUCAGCGAGAAAUGGUUUAAUUGGAGUGCUCUGGGAUGCAGAGUUAGUAUUAUAGUGCCUGUUCUGGGGGUGGCAGUGAAGAGUUUCAUGGAGGAAGCCAUAGAUCCUGGUGAUGUGAUAGAUCAAGGUUUUGAGGUUGAAUGGGAACCGACAGAAGGAGGGCUGUGUAAUAAUUGCAAAAUUUCAGGUGGAAGAUGUGGGUACAACAUAAGUUUGGAAGAGUUUACAUGUUUCUGUCCCAAUCAAAGUAAUUAUGGGGUUUGUGUGUCUGACCUAUUAUCAGGAACACCAACACAAGCACCCUUGCUGCAACCAGAGCCUUAUCCUCAAGAACCAGCUGCACCACCACAGAAGAAAUUUUCAUUGAAAAACAAAGUCAUUGUAGGUGCUGUUACUGCUGCAUUCGUUGCGAUUGUCAUGCUCACGGGCUUCUUUUUCUAUCAACGUCGAAAGAAGACCAGUUAUGCAAAGUCAUACAUGCAAUCACAUGCCACUUCUUCUGUUUCAUCCAUGACAGUGGACCCUGAGAUUAAUGCAAGUAAAUAUUUUGGAGUCCCCGUCUUCACAUACACUGAACUUGAAGAGGCCACUAACAAUUUCGAUGAAGCCAGAGAACUUGGAGAUGGAGGUUUUGGAACUGUAUACUUCGGAAAACUUCGGGACGGUCGCUGUGUUGCGGUGAAGAGAUUGUACGAGAACAAUUACAAGAGAGUAGAGCAAUUCAUUAACGAAGUUCAGAUCCUGACACGCUUGCGCCACACAAACCUUGUGUCCCUCUAUGGCUGCACCUCUCGGCACAGUCGUGAGCUCCUCCUCGUAUAUGAGUACAUUCCCAAUGGAACAGUCGCCGAUCAUCUUCAUGGCGAUCGAGCAAAGCCAGGCUCACUGCCUUGGAAUAUCAGAAUGAACAUAGCCAUUGAAACUGCAAGUGCUUUGGCAUACCUUCAUGCCUCAGACAUCAUCCAUCGUGACGUGAAAACCAACAAUAUCCUUUUGGACAACCAUUUUGUUGUCAAAGUUGCAGACUUUGGACUCUCCCGUCUCUUCCCAGACCAUGUCACUCAUGUUUCCACAGCCCCACAAGGAACUCCAGGCUAUGUCGACCCGGAGUACCAUGAGUGUUAUAAGCUCACUGACAAAAGUGAUGUGUAUAGUUUCGGUGUAGUGCUGAUUGAGCUGAUAUCAUCUUUGCCAGCUGUGGACAUUACGCGGCAUCGACAUGAGAUCAAUCUGUCCACCAUGGCAAUCAACAAGAUCCAGAACCGGGCACUGCACGAGCUGGUGGAUCCUACGCUUGGGUUUGAGUCAGAUCAGAAGGUGAGGAAGAUGAUUAAUGCUGUGGCGGAGCUGGCGUUUCAGUGUUUGCAGAAUUUGAAGGAUAUGAGGCCUUCAAUGGAGGAAGUGCUAGAAACGCUGAGGGAUAUAGAGAGUGAUGGGAAGCAUAAGAGUAAGCCAGAGGUGAUGGAUAUUUCUGAUGAUGUUGGGUUGCUCAAGAAUGAUCUGCCUCCACCUUCAUCUGAUUCUAAUUUGGCAAGCAAGUCUACGACUUCAAAUUCUAGCAGUUGAAUGGUGAUUUUCUUUCUCUCUCAUCCCCGCAAGUUGUUCAUAAUUUAUGGCAGAAGUAGCAGCUAAUGUCUACCUAUUCCUUGUCUCAAGUUUCUUUCAUCGCUAGAGUGGAUAGCUGAGAGUGGGCAUGUAUAUAGAAAGAUAAAGCUUUCCUUGCUUAUUAUUUUCAUCUUUGAGGGAGUUAGCUUUACAUUAUUAUUUUUCAUCUUAUAUUUUAUUAGUUUUAAAUUAUUAUUAUUUUCCUAUUAUUUUAAUCUGUUUGGAAAAUAGGAGUAACAGAAUUUUCAAUGAUGAGUCUCACUCACCUCAGGAUAUGGUUAGAUC